CAGUUAGCAUCCAGAGCUAGCGGACUGGAUGGGAAACACGGUGUAGAAGAAGGCGUCUUGCACACCGUAGGCAGAAAGAUAUCGGCGGCUUCAAAUAUCCCCAGCUAAUCCUUGAGCUACCAUUAUCCCCCCAUGCUGUCCGGGAAAGGAAGAUAACGUUAAUAACCUGCACUGCCACCUCAAUUAGCCACCGUGCAAGACAGAUAAGGGUAACUGCGUCGUGCGUGAAGAGUCUUCCUCUUAGGCAGAGGAGUUUCCUUUUCUGAAAAUCAAAAUUCAGUCUCGACCAAGGUUUCUACUAGAAUGAGGUUGCCGAAUAAUCGACAAUGUGCGGUGGAAGGAGAUGGGAAAAAGAUGGACCAAGCUCCUCCGAUCCGAAACCCUUUUGUGCACGUCUUGAAAUUCACCCCUCUGGAAAAGGCAAAGAUCAUGUUAAUGACAGUCACACUGUUCCCCAUCCGUCUGUUCAUAGCUGCAUUUAUGAUGCUGCUGGCUUGGCCUUUCGCCUUCCUGGCCUCAGUCGGGCGUUCUGAGACCACCGUUGAACCCCAGUGCCUCUGGAGGAGACUGGUGGACAUAAUUCUGAAGAUCAUCAUGCGGGUCAUGUGGUUUGCGGGAGGUUUCCAUUGGAUCUCUGUAAAAGGGCGGAGGGCACUGCCUGCUGAAGCACCCAUUCUCACCUUGGCGCCCCAUUCUUCUUAUUUCGACGCAAUCCCAGUGACUAUGACAAUGGCCUCUAUUGUCAUGAAGGCCGAGAGCAAGGAUAUACCCCUCUGGGGCACAUUGAUUAAAUACAUCAGACCAGUCUUUGUGUCAAGGUCAGACCAGGACUCCAGAAAAAAGACAGUUGAAGAGAUUAAGCGCAGAGCUCAUUCUGGAGGUGAAUGGCCACAGAUAAUGAUUUUUCCAGAGGGAACAUGCACCAAUAGAUCCUGCCUAAUCACCUUUAAGCCAGGAGCUUUCAUUCCAGCUGUGCCAGUGCAGCCCGUGGUUAUUCGUUACCCAAACAAACUGGACACAAUCACAUGGACGUGGCAAGGACCUGGAGCGUUUGACAUCUUGUGGCUGACACUCUGCCAGUUGCACAAUGAGUUUGAGAUAGAGUUCCUUCCCAUCUACACACCAUCAGAGGAGGAGAAAAAGAAUCCUGCUCUUUUUGCCAUCAAUGUGAGGCGCAUCAUGGCUAAAGCCCUGGGGGUACCCAUCACAGACUAUUCAUUUGAAGACUGCCAGCUGGCCAUGGCAGAAGGCCAGCUGAGACUGCCAGUCGACACCUGUCUGUUGGAGUUUGCCAAGCUUGUCAGGAGGCUGGGGCUGAAACCUCAGAAUACCGAGAAGGUCCUGCAGGAGUACGGGAACAGAGCCAGGAAGCUGGAGGGGCAGAAGCUGAACCUGGACGACUUUGCUCAGAUCCUGGAUCUGCCCGUUUCAGACAUGCUGCGAGACAUGUUUGCUCUUUUUGAUGAGCAUGAAGAUAACUGCAUGGAUAUCAGAGAAUAUGUGAUAGCCUUAUCUGUUGUAUGCAGACCUGCCAAAACUCUGGAAACGAUGAAAUUGGCCUUCAAGAUGUUUGAGGCUGAGGAGAAUGGAGCCGUUACAGAGUCAGAGUUGGCAGUCAUUCUGAAGACAGCUUUAGGAGUGGCUCAUCUCAGUGUGUCGCGUCUGUUUACUGCAAUCGAUGCUGAAGACACAGGGAAGAUCACAUUUGACAAGUUCAGAAGUUUUGUGGAGCAGCACCCAGAGUUUGCCGAGGAGUACCUGUACAGAGAAAACCCAGGCCUCCUCCACUGCGGCUCCUGUCACGGCCACCAGAAAAAGCCCAGCCUGUCCUCCCUGUCUUCCCUCACCCUGCAAGGCACUGCCACCACCAAAACUGCAAACGGUAUCUGCCCCGAUUUCAGCGACGGGGCCGUAGACGGACUCCUCAAGAAACACAACUGAAAAAGGUUUAGAAACGCGGCAGGAGGAAAAGCGGAACACCUCUCCUGGCGAGAGAGUGUCGUGUGCGGGGCGUUGAGUAGUUAGUUACUCGUCUGAUAGUUACUUGUAUGAACAGUAAGGGACUAUAUUUCAGUAACCAAGACUACAAAAAUGAAGAUGUUUACCUUACCCUUUUUUAUUCAUAUCGUAUCUAUGAAAUUUGAGAUUAUUUUCUUUCUGGUAACACCUAAUUUUGUUAUGAAUUCCUCCUGUUUUUUUUGUUUUGUUUUGUUUUUAAUUUCUGUCAUAGUGAAGAUCGUCAAAAUGCCAAACAGUGGCUGUUUCAGAUACAAUGCUUGAAUACUUUUAAGGGCAAGCACUUAUUCAAGUUCCAGGGGCAAAGGUUAUUUUAUUUUCUUCCUUCUAACAUAGUACUGACUGUGCAUGUUUUUAAAAGGGAGGGAGGGAGGCAAGACAAAACAAGCCCUGAACAGUGAAGUGGACUUUUUAGUGAAAUCAGUGUUGGAUUUAUUUGUAACUUUUAUCUGUUUUCUCUCUUUAAUGGUAGCUGCCUUUUUUGAAGUGAAAGAGCAGAAUGCAUGGGCUCAUAUAAUUUUGAGCAGUGUUGAUGGUUAUUAAUCUUAAGAAAGAAGGCCUGAGGAUACCGGUGACAAUUGUUCGUCCGUUUGAAGCAUUUCGUUUCAUUCGGCACAUUCGAGGUGACUCAGGUCUGCAAGUUGAUGGUUAUAAUUGCUAUGAGCCUGUUAUAAAUAAUAUAUAUAUUUGAUUUAGCUCAGGGUUCAGCGACAAAAAUGAAAAAAUUUACCUGUAUGAUGUCAUCAUUUUUGACGCUUACUGGGUUAUACAUGUGUUUUUGUUUUUUUGUUUUUUUUUUUCAUUUUUCUUUGAACAUCAGUACUCUUCUCCCCCCAGACAUUCCCCAGUUUCAUAAAAUUUCACCCUGUUCUUUCAUUUUCAGGUAACAAAUUGAAGUGUCUUUUUCAUCAUUGUUUAAAAUACACAAUGUGGACCAAAAAUGCAUUGGGUGAUUGAGCGUAUCACCAGUGUGUGUGUGUGUGUGUGUGUGUGUGUAUACUGUCCUUUUCAGUUUGUGGCGUAGUGGCUUUAAGGGAGAAAUUCACAACAUGUUACCAAUGAAAGCACAUUCACCUCAGUUUGUGUUUCCAAAGGCAAAGUCAUACCACUACCCCCUUCUGCCUUUACACUGCCACAUUAUUUCAGCCAUUCAUACCAUUUUUCCACCUAUCAUUCCUCAGUUUACGACAGUUUUUACUGUUACAGUAUGAGAUGAAGGAUACUGGAAUUAAACACUGACCCCUUGGUCGCCUGUAAUGCCCCGUCCACACUAACACAGAUGU